AAGCACUCUCCUUCAGUUCCCCUGAAAUGCCUACUUCUGAAAAUUUUGAUCGAUUGCUUCAAGAGUUUGGAAGUACUACUUUCAGUGCUGAGCCUGACAGCUGGGAUAUGGAUGCAGAUGCUCAAAAUCCUCCUGAUGCAAAUGAAACAUAUAGAUACGAGUAUGGUGUUCCUAUACAGACAGUGGAUGCUUUUCUAAGGCUGCCUAGUCCUGUUGUCUCCUCUUGGUGCUCUGAUGUGAAUCCUGCAGCAUUUUUAGUAAACCAGGCUACAAAAUGCAUUAGAUCAGUAAGUGUGGAAAAAUGUGGCAGCAUUCAAGCUGUUAGCAUGCUGUUCUACAUCAACUCCAGCAUUUUAGCAGUAAGUAUGAUUUGA